AUGACCUCCCAAAACUUAUUGAUUGAUUUCCCAACCGAUGUCACUGCAAGAAUACUGGAAAACUUGGAUUUUUUCUCAAUCCUGACCGUCCGCAAAGUAUGUCGGAGUCUUCGUGAAUUUCUAGAUGAGAUCAAAAUUAGACCGAAUUGUGAGGUCAUGCUGAAACUAAAUGAAAACGGAGUGUACAUGGAAUUCCGGACACCUCGGAUCCAGAAAUUCGUCAGAUUCGAAAAAUAUGACAAUGGAUGUUUGCUGAUUUGGAGUGACAGGAAAAUGAGAUUGUUCAAGGAUGAAAGUUUCAUUGAGAAGUUUUUGAAGGACUAUAGAAUAUUCUCGAGACAUAUGGGAUCUUUGAAUUCCUUCAUUUUUGCGGCUUACAAUGACACAAAAAUCAAUAAUCUACACCCUGAAAAUGCCUCGUUCCAUGCCAAAGAAGUGACUUUUGAUCAAUGCAAUAUUUUCCAAAUUUUCCAGUUUUUACCAUUCUUUGAUUCGAAAUCACUGGAAAAAAUCAAAGUACUGGAUUAUCCACAACAUCAAGAUGGGAAAUUGAGUAAACUUUGUGAACUGGAGCAGUGGAACAACUGUAAAUACGUGGAGUUCGCUGGAGAAGAUUUUAUUCCAGAUAUUCAAGAUUUUGUUGGUUUUCAAGAGGUGAAAAUACAAUGUCUGGAAAUAUCAGCACAGAAGAUCUUUUUAUUAAAAGAGCAAUUCCUCAAGUCUUCCACCUUGACUCGUUUUGAGAUUCAAUGUACUGAUGAUUAUUUUGAUGUUCACCAAAUUCGUGAAAUUUUUGGACCAGAGGACGAAUGGUUUUUCGGGAAUGGUGAAGAAGUUGUGCAUUUUGUUAUAACCGAGUUGGAACUAAUUGUUUUUAAUCGUUUAAGAUUGGAUGAGGUUCCUGAAGGGGCUGUGAUUAAUGUAAUAAAGUAA